UUUUUUCUUUUCUUUCUCCUUUCAGCUUUGCAGUGUAUGGAUGAUUCCAAGCCUUGUGUUAAUGAGGGAAAGUGCAUUCCUUAUCAGAAUGGCACAGGAUAUUGCAAGUGUCGAGAAGGCUAUCUUGGAGACUACUGCCAGUACAGGAACCCCUGUGAAAGCAAUACGUGUAAGAAUGGGGGAACCUGUGAAACCACAUCUCUGAUCGGAAAGGCCACCUGCAAAUGUGCUCCAGGGUUCACAGGAGAGGACUGUCAAUACUCUGAAUCACACAUCUGCUAUGUGUCCCAGCCCUGCCUGAACGGAGGAACGUGUCAUCCUCACAGCCAGGAAACGUAUGAGUGUGUCUGUCCUCCAGGUUACACAGGAAAGGACUGUCAGUGGAUCGAUGCCUGUACCUCUCAACCUUGUGCCAAUGGAAGUACGUGUACCGUAUCUGGACAUAAGUUCUCCUGCAUCUGUCAGUCUGGCUACACUGGCCAGAAGUGUGAGAUAGAUGUGGACGAAUGUGCCACAUCAGGCCUUUGUCAUCAUGGUGGGACCUGUAUCAAUUUGCACGGUUCAUUCCGAUGCCAGUGCAAACCAGGCUAUACAGGGCAUCGCUGCGAGAGCACCUAUGUGCCGUGUUCUCCAUCACCCUGUAUGAAUGGAGGAACUUGUCACCAAACAAGUGACUUCACCUUUGAGUGCAACUGUCUGCCAGGUGAGUGCUGCUUAUUCCAAGUGCUCGGUUUUGUAGCCUUGUCACUGCAUUCCUCUCUAUGUUCUUCUGAAAACUUCUCCCUGGGAGUGUUUGUCUCCGUAACGUAAGGCUGAGGGGCAAAAUAUCAGGUGGGAAGCUCGGUUAGGAGCUUAACUUUCUGUGUGUCAGUACUUUAUGGUGUGAAAAGAGGAGGUAUAAUAGGUGGGUGAGUGAUGGGACUGGUUGGAUCACAGCCAGAAAACAGCAGAUUUCUUUGGAACCCAAUUGGAGGCAGAGAGUUAAAUAAGUAAAAACUGACAUGUAUUCAAGGUCAGAGUAUGUCCUGAUACAGACUCUGGUAACGUAACCCCUGUAGAGACAUGUUUCAUGUCAGAGAGGGUUAACUUCAGUGCUUGAAUGAAGAUGAAUAUUUGUCUUUCCUUCUCAGUCCCUAUCCCUAAAGUUAGUUUCCUUUUCUUUCCUUUCCUCCUCCAGUACUUCCAGUGUAUUAUUUCCAACUCACUAUGACCAAUACUUCCUGGUAAAUUAUUUUUUAUGUGUUUUCUGAUGCUGUUAUCUGCUCUGAGUUCAUCCACAAUAGGGAUAGCAUGCUUACUCAGUACCAUGGGCUGUAUUGAUGCUGUGUGUGAACACCUGCUUAGCACCCUGGCAGUCUCAUCCGCACCUAAUA